GACGAGAUUUCGGAACGUGACCACACAGUCCACCGCCUGGCCGUUUGUACUUUGUGCAGCAAACAACCUUUGAUUUGCAGUGCUGCCGUUGGGUUCUCUGAGAAGUCCUUGGCCCAAACAGUUUGUAGUGGGCCUCAAUUCAGGCAGUCGAAGAGUGGUGAAAUAGGAAAGAUUGAGUAGAACACGAUGACGGCAAUGAAGUUUCUCGCUUUCGCCGUCCUGGCAGCUUGCUGCGUCCUCGAAGCCUCGGCUGCUUCCAAUUGUACGACCAGAACAUCGUGCAAAGACUGCGUCAAGAGCUUCGGCUGCUACUGGUGCGAGGCCUUCAAAUCGCAGGGCAAGACGGGUUGCAACGCCCGCACCACGUUCCAGCUGACCACCCCGUGCCCAGACAAGUACUACCUCUACCCAACCUGCAAACUGACUGGACUCACUCUUCUCAUCCUGGUGGCCGUCGUGGUUGGUCUCGUCGUCAUCCUGUUCGGAGUUAUGAUCUAUUGCUGCUGCUGCCGAUCUGGAUCCAGCAGCCGAUUCCGUCGUGAGAAUGAGAGAGACCGCACCAACCGUGCUGAUCGCACUCGCCGUCAAGAAGAAAGACGUCAGGAGCGUCAGUCUCGCAUCGAUGACAUCCGCAAGAAGUAUGGCCUCGGCACCGAGGACCGCUACCAGAAGAUGUAGAUUUGCUGCUGGGUUUGCGGACAUUGUGUAACUUCUAGGUCGUCAUGGCAACCUUGCCAUGUCGUCGUCUCUUUCCGUAACUAUUUUCUACCGUUUGUUGGCCCUCGUUCCAUCCCUAUUACAGGUGUCUUGUUCAAGUCCACCUCUAGAAGUAUUUAUUGUAUUAGUCGGUUGCUAUGGCUGCAUAAAGUACUAUUCUUACAGCACAAGUCUUAAAAAACUUCUCGCCGCUAGUUUUCUGUCUGCGCACAAGUGUGAUUAUAGAUAUUGCGCUGCUCGACA